GCGCAGUUGGUACAGUCCAGUGUCCUCUGUCCGUCGAGGAAAGCGCUGAAGGCCGCGGCUUAGUCUGAAAACAAGGAACCAUGGUCAACUUUGUGGCUCUUGCGCGUGAGCACUGGGUGAACAUACUGGUGCCCAUGGGCUUUGUGUUGGGAUGGUACCUCGACAAGCAACAGGACCAGUAUCUGACAGCUUACAGGAACAAAAGUGUUUUGUUCAGCAGGGAGCUGAAGCCUGGCGAGGAGGUGACCUGGAAGUAGACUACUGCUACCUGGAAUGUGUACUGUCGUCUGUGGUGUGAAUGACUGAUGGGUGGCCCUCAAAUCAGAUUAUUUAAGAAGACUCCUAUACCACUGCUCAUCAGAAAUCUUGUCAGUUGUAUCAACCAAUAAUAAACAUGACCUUUCUCAUUAAA